AGUCCGAAUUCCCCAGAAGUAUUGUUAACGGAGGUCUCUUUUCAAUAGCCCGAUACAUCGGGUUGGCGCAUCCAAUAAACUUUGUGGCCGCCCAGCUUUUCCCCCCCGUGGUGAUCGCUGUUUUUGACACUGGGACAAAAAAGAGGACUGAGAAUGCUAAAGAACCAAGAAGGCAGAGGGAAAGCAGAAGAAGGCGGUUUGCCUUUGUAGUCAAGAGAGGAAUGCGGAAAUGUCCCUGCUCUGUGUCAAACUUCUCUGAAGAGGGUCAAGGCACAUUCAGCCAGCGUGGGAAAGGGAAAGGAAUCGGAGCUCACAGUCCUGCGUUGCAUAUUCUGGGAUAGAAAGAAACUUUGAGGGAGUUUGCAUGUUGAUGAGUUUAUGCUAGGCUCUGCGAUAUCUGAAACGAGUUUGCAUGUACGUUAUUUCGAGGAAAACGAUUACCCCCUUUUUUAAGUUAUUCUGCCCGUAUUGCGAUUGCCGUGUUGGUAAGCAUUGGCGACUGCUGCGGGAUGGGGGUUCCAGUGUGCACCGUCCCUCUACCUGUGUGGCCCUGGGUACGGACAGUGAGGUAUCUGUGAAGUAGCCUACUUGCAAACUUGUUUAGAAAGAAAGCGGCGCCUCGUUGCCGUUUAUAAAGGACGUGCACGCCGUUGCGGAAUCUGGGUCCUAAUUCUAUCGAUCAGGUAUUGCUUAUACUUGGCCAAACCUCUGAUGAUGUCUUUGUAAAACAUAUUUUGGACGUUGCCUGAAUUGGGACCCCAACAAAACAUUUAGCAACGUAUGAAAGGAACCUUUUAAAAUGGAGAAAGAAGGCUCAACUCAACAAUACGUGCCCGUCGCCGAGAUUGGCGAAGGUGCUUACGGGAAGGUGUACAAAGCACGAGAUUUGAAGAACGGUGGUCGCUUCGUUGCCCUUAAAAGAGUGCGGGUGCAGACUGAGGAAGAAGGGAUGCCCCUUUCAACUAUACGCGAGGUGGCAGUACUGAGGCAGCUGGAAUCUUUUGAGCACCCCAACGUUGUCAGGCUGUUUGAUGUGUGCACAGUGUCCAGGACUGACAGAGAGACCAAGCUGACCCUGGUCUUCGAGCAUGUGGACCAAGACCUGACCACAUACUUAGAGAAAGCGCCUGAACCAGGAGUGCCUCCUGAAACCAUUAAGGACAUGAUGUACCAGCUACUGCAGGGUCUGGACUUCCUCCACUCUCACCGUGUGGUCCACCGUGACCUGAAGCCCCAGAACAUCCUGGUCACCAGCGGAGGGCAGAUCAAACUGGCCGACUUCGGCCUGGCGCGGAUAUACAGCUUCCAGAUGGCACUUACCUCAGUAGUGGUUACACUGUGGUACCGCGCUCCAGAAGUCCUUCUGCAGUCCAGCUAUGCCACGCCAGUUGACUUGUGGAGUGUGGGGUGCAUAUUUGCCGAGAUGUUCCGGAGAAGGCCUCUGUUUCGCGGAAAUUCUGAUGUUGAUCAGCUGGGCAAGAUUUUUGACGUGGUAGGGGUCCCCAGCGUGGAUGACUGGCCCCAGGAGGUGGCUCUCCCACGGAGUGCCUUUGCCCCCAGGCCCCCCCAGCCCAUUGGAGACCUGGUUCCGGAUAUCGACGAGCUGGGCGCUUCACUUCUGCUUCAAUUCCUGUCUUUCAAUCCUGCCAAGAGGAUAUCGGCCUAUGCUGCCCUGUCCCACCCAUACUUUGAGAACAUGGAGAGUAGCAAUAAGAACUCCCAGGAGCUCGCUAACAGCCAGUCACCCGUUGAAGAGAGAGGAGCCAGCUGAAUACCUUGAAGGAGAUCGCAGUCUUCCGCUUUUUCUGAAAGGGAUGAGCGAGGGAAGUCUUCCACACCGAUGAAUGCUGCUUUGAGAAUACCUUACUCCAGCUAUAAAAGCAAUUCAUUUUUUUAUUUUUUUAUUUUUUGGCCCUCAGAUGCUUUUAUAUAAGAAUCAAUGCAACGAACAGCGAGGCUUACAUGUGCUGCCUGGUUAUACUCUGGAUGUCCAGACGCUGCUUUUCCGCUGCCUUUUUGAAGAAAAUGCUAAGCAAAAGCCAGUCCUAACACACACACACACACACACACCUCUUACUGCCAGUGAUCUCUCUUUAGGGAUUUAACUUGUACAGCUGCUUUGAAAAGCCCUCUUCUCCACCCACGCAUACACACAUAAACGCCAGGGUGCCUUUCACCUGUACAGCUUGCUGCAGUAAACCUCCUUUACCGUACAUGUACAAACAAAAUUACACACACAUACACACACACACACACACACACACACAGACUUACGCACAAACCUACCCCUUUCGCUGUCAAAGCUCUUCUGUAUGGCCUCUCUGAUGACACACACACACACACACACACACACACAUACACGUGCGCACACACACACAUACACACCCUCCCUCACAUUCCAUCUCUGGGAACGUCUCUGAUAUCAGCCCCACACACCUUGCCUCCCUCCCAGGACGUGUUGCGGAUGUGAAUUGAUGAACACUGGCAUCUCUGCCACCUGGUGGCCGGCAAGCUUCAUCGCAAGCCCGAGCACCUCACAACCUGGACAUUCUCCUCAUGUCAAUUCAAAUACACCCAACCGUCAUUCAGAGCAUCCAACAGCUGACUGUCUUAAACCUUUUCUACAAAUAGUGCUGCAUUAUAUUUACUGUUCCUCUUGGGGACAGCAUUUUAUUUUAUUAAUAAUGCUGAGGCUGGGGCAAUGUCUAUACAUUUUCAAAACCAGACUGUCCUCUUUGGAAAUAUGUUAAUACACUGGGCGUAGAUCUUGGAACAUAUGAACUGAAGUAGAAUUAUUCAUACACAUUUAAGUAAAAUAAUAAUAUUAAAAAUAAUUAUUUAGGUAUUUUAGAUAUUUUCUUCUUUUUUGUGGAUCGUAAUGUCUUUUUUUUGUGUGAUUUUGUCUUAAUACAUCUGAUCUAAUGGUAGAGCAAGACGCUCUGCUACCACAUCUCUGUAGGUUGUUAGAAACCUCUCCAGCUUCAUAAGGAAUAGUCAGCUCGUCACUGUUGCAAACAAUCUGUGACAAAAAAGGUUUCAUGCAGGCAUAUGGGGUUCGAAAUGAAUUUGUAUGAACGUACAGUAAGUGAUUGGUCACAGUGUUAGUGGUAGUGUGUUUUACAUGUGUAAAGUGAAAAGCAUAGGUAUAGCACUAGCAUUGGUAGUGUUAGUACAAGGAAGUGAAUUGGUGUGGUUUGAUAAUGAAGCAUUUGCAUGGGUGGACAGCUCAGUGGAGCUUUGUUCAGAAGUGUGUCCCUAUUUAUCAUCCACAUAUCAAUGGGUUGGAUAUUUUGAAACGGCACUAAAACUCAUGAGACAGUUGGACCUAAAUGAAUCAGACCAAAUCAUUUUUAGGAACUAGUGUAGUGUAGAAUAAACCUGAACAUAGUCUAGUAUUUACCUCCAAAAACCUACCAUUUAUAUUUUUGAAAAUUACAAAGAAGAAUGCACAUCAUUCCUUAAUUAGUAUUCAGUAAUAUAAUAUACAGUGGUCUCAUUACCAGUAGUCCAGAGUGCAUUUGUCUACAUUUCAUUUAAUUUUCAUUAAUUUUGCUGUAAGUGUUUGAUCUUAAUGGUAAGGGAGAGUACUAAUUUUCUAGAACCAUCUAGAUGUUGACAAGAAAGAACCCAAUAAUAACGGUAAUAAUGAACAACAGUCUGUGACAGGCCAACCGGAAGCUCAGAGGAAGACGUAGAAUAGCUCAUGAUUGGAUGUGGUCCUCCCUGACCAUGACCAUAAUCCAAAGGCGAUGACACAUUACGACAUUCGCUAGUGGAUGAGGUUGGCACUGACCGGGUAAGGAGGCUGAUGAAAAAGUGAGCAAAGGGUGGGUCAAGAAAGCAAAUGGGAAAGCCAGUAGAGAUGAAACAGUUCACAUAAACCGAAACCGCUCUGUAUUCUAUUCUCAGGAUUAGUUUAGGAAACAGAAGACAACAGAUAACAGAAGACUCACUAUGACAGAUUUUGCACAUUCAGUUUAGUGAAGGACGUUCAGUGCCACCUUUCAGGUUUCUCUCAUAAGGAUGCAAUUACUGGUGAUACUGUGCUAAGCUUGUCAAGUUCUUGGCAAAUUUAAUGCAUAUCUUAUUCUCACAUACAAUGGAUGCAGUGGUUAAUAUUUCACUUUAACAGGAAAAUAAUGCAAGUUGUAGUUUUUUUUUUAUUUUAACAAGUGCUUCGCAAGUUUGUAAAUAGAUUCAGUAAGGACUGAGAGGACAUAUCAACGUAAUUCUACUAAAAACUACAAAUUCUAUGCCUGUCAUACUAAUCAUUUUUUUGAUAUUAUGGCACUCGGACAGUGUGACACAUUCCAUAAUGAUGCACAAACCUUUUUUAAUAAUGUAGUCUUUGAUAAUAAGUCUUUGAUUAUGGCUUCUCAAGCAACUCAGCUCUUUAGAUACUGAAGACUGCUCUGCUCAGCUUUCUUCAACUCAAGCAACAAUAACAAAACAUGUUUUGUCUAGAUGAUUGAUUCCUACAUUGUAGGUAUUUAAUUUAUUACAGCACAGAUGCUAAACAAUUCUGAAAAUAACUAAGCUUGUGUAAACUGUGUUAUUUCAGUGUUGAUCAGUGAUUAACAACAAUUUCAUAUGUGUACUGUUAAAUAUCUCAAGCAACACAAAGUAAUAACUGAAUGUUUUUUAUUCUGGUUGGUUUUAUGAUGCUUGUGGGUAAUUCACAUAGCACAAAAUACAGUCAGAUAUGAAUAUCCAAAUUUGCAUGACCGUAUAUUUAUGUUUCAUACGUAUUCACAUCAUAUUUAGAUGUUGGGUGAUACUUUUCCCAUGCUGUUUAUGAAAUGGUAGGGAACAGGUGUUGCACAACAGAAAAUGGUUGCAUGGAAACCUGGGUUGUGCUUUUGCUGGAUUUCAACACGGUUUUCUCAACCGCAUGUUGUGGUCAGCCUACGAUAGUACAUUUUCCCCCUUUGUCUGUUGUGUAUGCAGGAAAUUGAUAAUGGAGAUGGCAAGAAUGACUUCGGAUGAAUAUGCUGCACAUGACUUUUAAUAUUAUACUUUAAUUCUCUACAGCUCACUGUAUGUUCCGAGUCAUUGUAGGAGUUAAUCUUAUUUGAUAAUACGUGGCAGAAAAUAUUUAUUUACAUGUGUAAUCAAUUAUUUAGUGUAUAUAAAGGGUAGGAUGAACAAACAUUUGCCUUUAUGAAUCAUUUGAUCUGUAACAUAAUUUUUGGUUUCUGUGAAUGAUCACCACAUCAUCAAUAGCAAAGUAAUGUGGUAAAACAAUGCCACUGAACAAGUUGUGGAUGUGUGCCAUCUGGAAGGUUUUUACACCUCUCUUCAGCUCACUAGCUGAAUGCUAUUUAAAUUAAUUUUAUUAAGGCAUGAUUAGAUGCUUUCUAACAGUUUCGCUCUCCAUAUUCCCUUUCAUUUUAUCUCGUAAAAUACGUUAAAGUGUUUGGAAUUGCCCGUAUAGUGAACUUCUUGUUCACUUCUGUUAUAUAAUAUACACAACUGUAGUCUUGUAGAUUUUGAUAGUUAAGAGGACAGCACUGAGAUAUUCUAAGGUCUCUGAAAAUGUUUGUUUCCGGACACAUUGUUAAUUUCUGUCUAGAGUUUGAUGUUAUUUAGCUAAGGGACAUUAAGUUGUACAUGCGUUUUCAGAAGUGGUGUAAAAAAAAAAAUGUCAUUAAGCAUUUUUACAUACAGACAACAGACGACCGAUCCUUCAAAAAUACAUUUUUUACAGUUUUCUUUUGUAUCAGUGCCACAUAUCAUUAAUGUUGUUUUGGAAGGGGAAUUAUUCAUAUAAUUUAAACCAUUAAUGUAAAGACAAAUUGCUGUGUGGUUGAACUGAAUUCAGGAAUUGAUAAAUUGCAGUUUUAAAAUAUUGUUUGACUUGAUUUUGUUUGGAGGAUACUGGCACUUUGCGUUAGUUUAGUGUUUAUCCACAAACAAAAACUCCUGAGAGCCCACAAUUUCAGUCCCUUGCAUAAUCUUGUUUCCGUGACAUUAUUCUGCUCAUUGUUUUUGAGUUAUUUAUUGAUUUGAGGGGAUUUAAAAAAACAUUUAUAUUUCUUAUUUAAAAUUUUGUCACAAAGGAGGCAUUUGCAGGUUGUAUGUUGUGAAGCGUAAGUGAGUUCACAGGUCCAAUGAUUUUGUGAUGGUCCUGAUUUUGAUUUUAGCACUCAACGUCCCUCUGUAAUUAGAAAAUGGUUGAUAUUUAUUUGAAAGUAAAUCUUGUUGAAUAUCCAUUACAAGGUAAAAGGCUCUGGUGCCUCCGAUAAUGAACUGAUGUACUGUUCUCUGUGUGAAACUGUCUCUGGGAGGGACUCUGGAAUCAGAACAGCGUCUUCUCCAGUGGGAUAGAAUGGCAUAGAUCUGGUGCUAGCACAUGUUUUGCUGUACCCUUUCCAUUUAAACUUGAAUGUAAUCCCAAAACCUUUUAGCCCACACAUGGUGCUGUAAUGUGGCUUGAAUCUUUCAUUAAAUGGCAGUCAUACAGAUUCUUUGAACGACCUUGGUAAUUGUUCUGAAAACCAUGAAAAAGCUGGACCAUGCGAAAUAAUUUAUCAUUUAAAGUAAGGUCAAAAUUUGUUCAAAUGUUUUCAAAUACAUAUAAUCAUGCCUCAGCAAUGGUAAAACCGGUCUUGGCUAGCUUAAUUAUCUUGUAUUACAUCAAAUUUAGGCUCACGUGUCAGCAACUAGGAAGAUGACCAAUAAUUUGGUGGCUUCACUUCUGAGGUGUUUCUGAGAUGGCGACUGGUCCCUAUCUUGCACCAAAUUAGGCUUUCGGCCAGUACGUCUGUUCAAAUGUGUGAUAUAUGGCUGAUCAACUUCUGGGGUUUAGUCAUCUACCCCAACAAUGUUACAAUGAUGUCAUUUCUCAGUUUUUUCCUCAGAUAUACUGGGAAUCUUACUGCAUUUGAUCAGAUUUUCAAUUUCACUGGAAAACCUCUUUCUUAGUACAUUGUAUUAUUAUAUUUCAUUUAUUUUUGUUGAAUAAAUGUUAUAAAAUAUAUAUUUGCAUUGCUGUUAAAAGCAUGAUUUUAUUUGAAAGCAGUGGUAUAUUGUUUAUGUAUUAGCAUUGUGCUUGAAAUAGGCAAGAGACAAAAAUAUUAGGUUUUUGUUUUAUUUCUUGCAGGCAGGCAAAAGAGUGAAAUUGGUGCUGUGAGGGCAUGCUUUUAAUAUGUCCAUGCUUUUUAAAGUAUCACGCAUUGUUUUAAAUCUGAAUCCGUGAUAUCUGAUUAGUCAUUUUUAAUGUUAAUACUGUAUCUAUUUCAUGCCUUGAGCAUAUUUUGCAGUAUUGUUCAGUAGUUGCAUAUUUGUGUAGUUCAGUUCAGUAAUGAAAUACAGUACACCAAAUUUAUAGCUGAUGAUAUGCUUAAACAAUUAUCUGCUUGUGUUUAACUAUUUCUUGUCUGUUGCUUUUUUUUACAAGUUAUGUACUAGUAAGUUGGAAAUGUACAGUUUGCUUUUGGUAUUUUAUCAAAGCAAGAAACAGGGGUGCUUUUAUAAAGUAGUACCUUGUGUGGAUGUGCUUAUACUUGUAAUAGGAUUUAGAAAUUCAGUUUAACAAUUGUGAUGUAUUUCAGACAUAAUACAACUUUUUAAGUGUCCAAAUGAAAAUGUGCAGAGAACAGUCAAAACAGUAAUUGCCAAGUAAAGUAUCACAUUACUUUGUGUAACAAUAGCCAUGUACACUUAGUACUGUACCAUGUGUGCUGGUUUAGUGUGCUCAUUUACUUUUAAGGAUGUGUAUCUUAGUGCAAACCAAUUUCAGCCUAACCUAAUUAUGUAGAUGGAAUAACAUUUUAUUAUUAGAAAUAUGUGUUCAUCUUUGCAAUUCUUAUUUAUACCACGUAACCUGGAAUUGGAAACAAUUCAUUGGUUGACAUCACAUGUAUUUUUGUCAGAAUUGUUGAUAAGAAUGUUGUUGUUUUUGUUGCCAGGGAACCAAAUGAUUGAUUAUUGAUAAGAAUGUUGAAUGACCAUGUAGAAUUUAUCAUUGAGAAUGAAAGACCAUGUAUAAUUUACCAUUUAAAUAGGGCAACAGUGCUGAUAUUGGAUUUUUUUUAAAUGUUAUUUCCUUUUCAGGGGAGGUGGGUGGGUGGGUGUGGGGGAGGGACACAUUUUUGUGGGAUUUUCUUUAAAAGGGUUUUGCUGCUAAUUCUGUAUCAUGCUCUGGCCCAGUCCUUGUAAAGAUAUAGCCAAUCAGACAAGACGAGACAAGAGAGGCGAAAGUGCUGCCCAUGAAAAAAGCUGCUUAAGUUUAUGCUUGUGUUUUGUAGCUUCAACUGCUGGACAUUUUUAUUUUUGUAAAAUAAAUAUUUCAGUGUGUGAAAA